AUGCAUGACGGAGAACCUGGAAAGGAAGACUUUUCUCUUUGUUACGCUCCUGCCACGGGUCUGGAAGCCGGGACCCAUCCUCCGGGACGCCAGGGCUGGCCGACGCGCUCCGGGGUCCCCGCGGGCGGACACACCCCACCGCUCGGCCCCAGCGCCCGCCCGCCGGCCGGGGCCCCACGCCCUCACCUGCUCCCGCUCCCGCAUCCUCGGGGCCGCGCGCCCCGCUCAGCGGCCCGCCUCCCGGGGUCCCGCCGCGCGGUAGCCACAGCCGCGCCCGCACGCCAGCCGGCGCCGCGACGCGCUCAUGGGGCUCGCGCGCCUCACUUCCUGUCUCCAAAACCUCGGCCCGCAGACCAUUCCCCUGGGCAGAGUCCGGCGGCGGUGGCGGUGACGGGAAAGGCCUGGAGGUGGGACCGGCCGGGAGCGCCGCACAAAGAAACCGGGCGGGGGCCGGAGCGACAGGAGGACAGACGGACGGACCGACGAACAGACAGGCACGGGACGCGCGGCCGGAGCAGCGGAGCGGCCGGGGCCGUCAUGGUCCCUGCACACAGAGGACUUCUGGUCAACCAGAAGCUGCACUCACCUACACACCACACAGGCGUCCCACAGGACACCAAGAGGGGUCAAGCUGUGUGUGAGGAAAGAAAAGAGACAUGAAAAUGAGUCCCUGUUCUGGUCUCCUGGGCUAGAAAAAUUGAAAUGAUUUGAGACCCUUCUCCCUUUCUCAUCUCCAGCCUACCAUCAAGGCCUGGUAUUUCCUCCUUUGCAAGGUUUCUUUCCUCUCUGCCUCCUACCCCCUUCCUGCAAUUCUAAACCAAAUCUUCAUCAUUUUACAUCCAGAUUAUUGCAACAAGGGUGGUCUUGCAUCUGGUUUCUCAGUUCUCUCUCCUUUACAUGCAAAUACCGAGCUAACUCUCUCUCUGUCUCUGUCUAUCACUCCCAAUGGACCCCCAAGGCUAGCUUUUCUGCCGUCCUUUAGGGCCUUUCUAAGCUGCUCUAGCCUCUCUGGCCAUCCUCAAUUCCUCUCUUCCCCUUGAAUGCCCCAGUCAAGCUAUUUCUCCUGGCCCAUGGCACUCCCUGCUCCUCCCUCUCCCCCCCACUUCAUUUGUCUUAGUCUUUCCCUGUUCUUCAAGCGUCAAUUCAAGGCUCUCUGCUUUCAAGACAGCUUCCUAGCCAUCCCAUCCCACAGUGAUCUCCACACUUGGCAAGAGCUUUAAAAACUAUUUCAUGCAGGCUUCUUUUAUAUCUCCUAGAAUUCCUAGGACAACUACUGGCAGAGAGUAGGCACUAAAUAAAAAUGUGUUAAUUGAAUCGGGAAGAAUAUAAAAGAAUUUUAAAAAUAGAAAACAAUCAAAAAGCCCAAGGGAUAUUAGACAACAAAUUUGAACUUCCUCACUCACACUGCCCCAGUGUCAUUUGCUAAACAAGGACUUAAACUCUAUUUUCCCUCAACCAUGUUAAUUUGACAUUAACCCCCCCCCCGUAAUAAGCCAUAUGAGCAGCCCCUUCAAAGCAUCAGACUUGAAAUUAUUGGCUUAUGUCUGAAUGAAGAGAAGGAAUUUGUAUGGUUCAACCCCAAAAGGUAUAAAAAGGUAUAAGAGAAAGUCUCCUUCCUGCCCCCACUGCUGGACAGGCAUCUCUCCUCUUACCAGUAACCAGUGUUUACCAAAACCUUCUGUAUCUAUUUAGAGAUAGAGAUACUCUGUAGAUAAAUAAGCCAUUAGAUAUCUGUAU